AUGGUGUGGGAUUAUUACAAUGGGAAGACUGUGUUCAUCACAGGAGGGACAGGGUUCAUUGGUACCGUACUUCUUUAUCGGCUGUUGAGCCAAUCGUCACCAGAGCGAGUAUACGUACUUUGUCGGGGCGGAGAACAAAAAGCAAUAGAGAAAUGGACCAGCAUACUUCCAGCAGCGGUGGCAAGCACCCUAACGCAAAGCAAACGAAUGACCGUCCUCAACGGCGAGCUGGGCGAUACUGCGACGAUGAACCUAUCAGAAGAAACGCUUCAAAUGCUUAAACAAACAGUGCACAUAGUCUUCCAUGCUGCCUCAUCAAUCCAACUGAACAAUUCCCUCCGCGAGCUAUCGUAUACCGUCCUGGCACCAACCCUGUGCUUGACCAAAUAUGCCCUCAAGUUCCCCAAUCUCGAGCGCUUCGUAUUCUUCAGCACCGCCUAUGCCAAUGCGCACCUUUGGAAAGCCCACAAGUCAACAGAUGUACCCGUCGACGAGAAGGUAUAUCCACUCAGCAAUGAAGAAGAUUACCAGCAGAGUGCCCUGGAGGCAUGGAGCGCCAUACAAAAGACCGGUUCAUCCGACGAGUACGAUGCUCACGAUUUCCCUUGGCCCUUCGCAUACGCUAAGCACCUGGCCGAGCGACUCGUUCUACAAAAGGCCUCCGAGCGCAACAAGCUAGACAAGAUCCUCAUCAUCAGGCCUUCGGUCCUUGGACCAGCCGAUAAAUAUCCAUACCAUGGCUUCGCGACCGCAUACGGCGCCCCGUCAACCGCCUGUGCGGCAGCAUACAUGCUCCAUCCAGGCCGGAAGAUUGCGCUCGCAACACGGUGUGAGAACCCAGAUCAAGAAUCUACCAUCGACGAGGUCCCGGUGGAUGUGGUGGCGGACCGGACGUUAGUCCAUGUGGCCCUGGGGACAAGUGGAUGCGUCCAUGCUGUCAGUGGGGAGCAGGGCCGGUUGACAACCGAGGAAUGGUGGCAGGCCUUCAAGAAAGAAAGAUUGAUUCCUUGGAAUGCGAAGCCGACCUGGACCGAGGAUAACUGGCAUUCUCCUAAUCUCCACCAAAUGGCUCGCAAAUUCAAGAUCAUUGGUACUUCGUUUGCAUUUUCGGAACGAAAAACCGUUGCGGUGGCGGAGAAGCUAGGGGCCUCGGGGAAGGAGGGCUUUCAUCUCUUUGCUGACCGUUCAAAGCCCUACUCCUUGCAUUUGAGGCGGCAUCACAUUCAUCACCAAGCCGUUGAAGUUGCUAGGAAGAAUAAGUGGCCCCUCUGCUCUGCGAGGCUGUUGUGUCGCAAAGCGAAGAAUGGGUCUAGACCAGAAGGCAAGGCAGUGGCAUGA